CACAAAGAUUGUAAAAAAUAUAUUCUGAAUACUAACACAUAUCGUAGAUCGUCUAAAAUAAAUUUUGCAAAAAAACAUACCAUCACGCUUGAUGUGUCGUAACUGCAGAGAUAUGUUUCAGUUUUAUACAACAAAUAGAAAGUAUUAUGAAUAAAGCCUGUCUAGCAGAAUUGAUGGGAUCUAACAUACUUAUGUGCUUAAUGGGAUAUUUCGUUAUUAUGAACUGGAGUGCGUUCGAUAAGGCAAAAUUAUUAUCACAUUUUACGGCAUACUUGACAGCGUGUAUCAUUAUAUUUAUAUAUUGUUACAUCGGUGAAAUCCUCACGAAAGAGUGUGAAAAAAUUGGAGACAUAACAUAUAUGACUAAUUGGUAUAAACUGCCUCACAAAACAGCGCUCGGUCUCAUUUUGAUAAUCAUGCAAUCGAGUCACACUAUCAAGAUAACUGCGGGAAAAAUAUUUCAGUUAUCCAUAGCAACCUUUGGUGACGUAAUCAAAACUUCCACGGCAUAUUUAAAUUUCUUACGAACGAUGACCAUGUAAAACGUAGAGAGACUUAGUUACAAAACACAUGUAUGGAAUAUCUUCCAAAUAGAAUAGAUGUUAAAUAAACACGCUUAAUAAUAAUUAUGGUAUAACAGAAUUUUCUACGAUUAAGUUCUUGAAAGUACAAAUAGUAUUUCUCACAAUUUCCCUGAAACUAAAGAAAUUAAAACCAAAUACUUUACGAAACUUACAUGCAUAGCCACAAAAAAAGUACUAUCGUAUUCCUCCUUAAACGUGGUCUUU